AUGGCUGCCGGCAAGUCCGACGGGUCGUCGGACGCGGCCAGCCUCGCUCUCCGCAUCGCCACCGUGGCGCUGUCGGUGGCGUCGGCGGCCAUGAUGGCCUCCGCCUCCCAGCGCUCCUGCGCCGGCUGCUCUCCAGCGAGCCAGGUCUCCUACAGAGACUACAGCUCCCUCAGGGUCGCCGGCGUCUGCAUCGGCUCCGGCGAGUUCUGCCAGCGGGUCCGCGCGUCCGGCGCCGUCUCGAUGGCGGCGGCCGUCGCCCUGGCGGCGUCCAAGUACCUCAAGGACGUGCCGGUCUCGACUUGGUUCAAGGUAAAUGCUUCAACACCAAUUUCUGCAGCUUCUGUUGAGACAUCAUCCCUAGAACAAACAUUUAUCAUGAUCUGCGUUGAAAACAUGGACGAUGUGCUCUUGAUGGCCGACGGUGAGGCCAGCAGGGCGGUGAGCCUCCUCUUCCGCAUCGCCGCGCUUGUCCUGUCGGUGGCCGCCGCCGCUGUGAUGGGCACCGCCAGCCAGCUGGUCGUCGUCGACGGCGACCGGGGAGCGCCGCCGUCGAGCUACGCCGUCUCCUACAGCCAGUACAACGCUCUCAAGUACUUCGUGGCGGCCGGCGCGAUCUCAGCGGUCAGCUCGGCGGCGGCGCUGUACCUGUGCGCCGUGCGCUCCGCGGCCGCGGCCACGAUCGGCUCGCUGCCGCUGGUGCCCCUCCUCGACGCCGCGGAGCAGGGCCUCCUCUUCUCGGCGGCCGGCGCGGCCUUCGCGGCCCGCGGCGUGGUUGGCACUGCGGCUGGCCCGUGGGCCAGCAGCGGGGGAGACGCAGGAGGCGGCGGCGGCAGCGUGUGCGACGCCGCCGGCGCGUUCUGCGGGAAGGUGAGCGUCGCGGCGGGCGUCGGCGCGUGCGCGGCCGUCGUCGUCGCCGUCGCGGCGAUGGCCAGGGACGCGCGCCGCAGGGGCAGCUCGGAAGGGCCGUGUGACUGGUGACAAGCGCAGCACCCCGGCUGCUGGCCUGCUGCACUGGCGGCUGCGCCAUUGCUUUGCUAGCUCGCAUCCUCCUUAGCAUUGCUGGAGCACCGCAAGCUAGUAUGAUCUUUGGAGAGUGAAUCGCGAGAGUGUUGUAUUAAAGCGCAGUA